CACUGACAGAGGUCGCUUUCAGUGACACCACAGUUUCAGUUCAGUUCAGUUUUCGGCUGGUGUGUUGUGUUCUGUCUAUUCUGUGUUCUUCUCAACCAAGUGAUUUGCUAUCUGGCGUGUUGCGCACACACACACUCACACAAAUACAGUCACUAGUGCAUUAAUAACUGUUUCUGCUCGGUUUGAUUUAGCUGCUGGCUGGUCCAUAGUUUGGCGAGACGUAUGUGCCUUUGAGUAGAGGGGACUCUGAUUUUUGGCGGCGAUUCCGGGAGUCCACGGCACAUGGCAGCGAAGCAACGCACGCCACACAGCAGUAGCCAGCGUUUUGUCUAAAUAAUUCCGCUUGUAAGUCAUUCCGUGCAGUUGGCUGGUGACCGUAUGGUGAGACGCGGUGCGCUGUGUGCGUGUGGUGGUGGCUAGUGUGCUGGUUAGUUGGUGAGCUGGUUAGUUGGCGUGGUCGAGUUCAUCGCACGUCGGUGUGCGUGUGCAGCAGCGGUGGAUGCAGCCAGAGCUUCGUUCCAGAAGGCGAAUUGCACGAAUUGCGCAGUGCGUGGCGAGCAGGCAGCGAGCGAGGCGGGGCGUUUGUGGCAAGCAAAUAAGUAUUGCAAACAUUGUAAUCACUUUUAAUCCGUUCAUCAACUUCAACAAGUGUUAAAGUGUGCAAGAUUAGGGAUACUCAAUUACAGUUACAACAGCGAACAUUUUGAAUAUGUGUAUAUGAGUGGACCUCAGUGACUGCAGAAAAGUGAUAACUGUGUAUGUCGCCAAGCGUGCGGAGACAAUAAUAAUUUCACAAACCAAAGUGUCAACCAAAAUCUCAAGCAAACAGAAAGCAGAAAAAGUGUGUGGGCAUUUCUCGGAAGGGGCAGCUGGAAUUUCUCUGGACGUCUUAAUGAAACAUGGUCGAAGAGUUUCUGGAGAAAUUGCCUGAAAUCGACACACGUUACGAGGAUAUAGUACCUAUGGAACAAGUUAGCUCUAUGGUUUCAAACGGCGGCGGCAGUGUAACCAUGCAACGCGACGACGAAUACCGGAAUCGUAUAAUGAAAAUACGGCGUGUGGAUAUGACAGCGAAGCAUUCGCGUGGAUUCCUUCAUUCCGAUGAAGAAAUUAGCGAUAAGGCAUCGACGUGUGGGAAGUUGCUGAUAUUCUUAUCCGUUGGACUUGUCAUACUCACGUUGCCGUUCAGCUUGUUCGUGUGCUUUAAGGUAGUACAGGAAUAUGAACGCGCCGUUAUAUUUCGUUUGGGCCGUCUUAUGCAGGGUGGCGCCAAGGGUCCCGGCAUCUUCUUUAUCUUACCAUGCAUUGACUCCUACGCCCGGGUGGACUUGCGUACCCGCACAUAUGACGUGCCACCACAGGAGGUACUGACAAAGGACAGUGUCACCGUGUCGGUGGAUGCAGUGGUUUACUAUCGCGUUUCCAAUGCGACAGUUUCUAUAGCGAACGUGGAGAACGCUCACCAUUCGACCAGACUUUUGGCGCAGACUACUCUACGAAACACAAUGGGAACUCGGCAUUUGCAUGAGAUACUCAGCGAGCGAAUGACAAUUUCCGGCACAAUGCAGGUCCAACUAGACGAAGCCACCGAUGCUUGGGGCAUUAAAGUCGAGCGUGUUGAAAUCAAGGACGUACGCUUGCCCGUACAGCUACAACGUGCCAUGGCCGCCGAGGCUGAGGCCGCACGUGAGGCACGCGCCAAAGUUAUCGCCGCCGAAGGAGAACAGAAGGCCUCCAAGGCAUUGCGCGAGGCAUCCGAGGUGAUCGGCGGCUCGCCGGCAGCGCUCCAACUGCGUUACUUACAGACACUCAACACAAUAUCAGCGGAAAAGAACUCCACAAUUGUUUUCCCAUUACCCAUCGAUUUGAUAACUUACUUCCUGAAGACUACCGAGGCGACGGCGCAGCAAAAUGCCGUUGUACCGGCGGCGGCGGCAACGACCAGCAGCGAGCACUCACCGCAGGCGUCGACAUCGCCGCAGGCGGGCAUACAGACGGCAGCUAUGUAAAAACAAACACAACAAUAAAAACGACAACAAAAAUUGUACACAUAACAGCAUGCAAAAUACACAUACAUGUGAGUGUGUGUGUGUGAUUUGCAAACGCUUUUUGUUCGAAGCCCGAGCGUGCAGGAAUUUUGGGUGUGGGGCCGAGUGAUUGUUCAAGUUGACUCGGAAAUAUGCCUGCAUCGAGAAAUGUGAAUGUUUGUGUGAAAUAUUAGGAACGCAAUUGAAGAAAUAACACAGUGUGCGCGAAAAGUAUGCGUUCUCAUAGCUGAAUUCCGGUAAAAUGUGUGAUCAAUGCCGCAGAAAGGUAAUUUCUUGGCAAAUUAGACUCUCAAAUGCCUUCUAGUACUUUGAGAUCAGACCAUCGAACUACGAGAAAAAUCGUGGGUUGCUGAAAGAGCGCAUACUCUUUGCGCACACUUUAGCCAUGCGAAUAAGUGAAUAACUAGGCGUAGUUUUAAGUAGUAUUAGGACAGUUGAUAAAAUGUUGCUGAAAAUGGCGUUAAGUUUGAACGAUUAGCCAAAAAUCAUAAAGUUCGCAAAAUUUUCUAAAUAUUAAUUACACUAAAUAUUAUUACUACACUUCUUAGCUGAAUUGAAUCACACGGUUGCAAGUAAGGCGAUGCGAAACGAGAGUUAAAUAUAAUAGAUUUACUAAAACAAUUACUCAAUUAUUUUCCCAACUCACACGCACGCGUUUAAUUCAUCGAAAUAUAUUAAAUACAAAAACACAUUUUCAUGUGCGAGUUUCAAGUUUAGUAAUUACGUACACAUUCUUACAUAUAUACAAUAUAUAGUUGAAUGAAUAAAAAUUGAGAAAGCAGUUUAGUAAGCGCUCAUACUUAGCAUGUAAAUAUAAGUCUCGAUCUCAUUUUUGAAUGCGUACAAGUGCUUUGAUAAAUAGCUUAAAUACACAAUUAAUGUGACAAGUCACACACACAUGCAGAGAAUUGUAAAUAUACUUGCAUUUACUUAUA